UUAUGGCGGAUUCUAUGGAGCUUUCGUCGGAUGUGCCGCCGGCCUCUGCGGCGCUGACGGCCGAGUUCGUCGCGCAGCAGAGCUCAAGCUUCGAUGCGGACCCCAAGCUUCGCCUCGCUCGAAACGCAGUCACACGUUCGGAUGUGAGGGAUGUCCUGAUGCGCCGGGACGUUAGCAAUAGCUUCAACCACCACUACAGCGUCAAGGUCGCACAGGAGUGCAAGGUGACCGACCAGAAGCGGACGGGCCGUUGCUGGAUAUUCGCGGCGCUCAACGUUAUGCGGCUCGGGAUCAUGAGCAAGUUUAACCUGGCGGACGACUUCGAGUUGUCGCAGAGCUACCUGUUUUUCUGGGAUAAGUUGGAGAAGUGCAACUACUUUUUGGAAAACGUGCUGCUCACCAAGGACAAGCCCCUCGACGGCCGCCUGCUGCAGCACCUACUCAAGGAGCCCAUCUGCGACGGGGGCCAGUGGGACAUGGUCACCAACCUCAUGGGCAAGUACGGUGUCGUGCCCAAGAGCGUCUUUCCCGAGAGCAAGACCUCGAUGAAUUCCGUCUGGGUGAACCGAUUCCUCACGGCCAAGCUGCGGGAGUACGCGCUCAGGCUGAGGGGCAUGGCGGGAAAGGGGGCGGUCGAGGCGGACCUCCACAAAGCAAAGGCCGACAUGAUGGCCGAGGUGUACAAGGUUCUCUCCGUGCACUUCGGAGCCAUGCCAAAGCCGGACAGCAAGUUCGAGUGGGCCAUGACGGACAAGCACAAGGCCUUCAAACGCGAGGAGCACACCCCCCUGGGGUUCUACAGGGAUCUGGUGUCCACCAAGGCCGACCAGAUGGUGUCCAUCAUCCACGACCCGCGAAAUCCGUACCGCAGGUCGUACUCGGUUAGCUACCUGGGAAACGUCGUCGGCGGGGACAUCGUUCGAUACAUCAACCUGCCCAUCGAGGAGCUCAAGCGGUACGCGAUGGCAACGCUUGAUGGGGGACAGCCCUGCUGGAUGGGGGUGGACGUGUUCAAGAGCUACCACCUUGAGCUCGGCAUCCUUGACAGCGGGAUGUACGACCACGACCUUGUCUACGGCGUCAGCCCAGGAAUGACCAAAGAGGAGCGUCUCAGGAGUGGGGAGAGCCUCAUGAGCCACGCGAUGGUCUUCACCGGCUACGACAAGAGGGAUGGAGAAAAAAUCCCCAACAAAUGGAGGGUCGAGAACAGCUGGGGUGACACGAGGGGCAACAAGGGCUACUUCCUCAUGACGAACGCGUGGUUCGACGAGUAUCUUUUCCAGGUGGUGGUGAACAAGAGUCUAUUGGAUAAAGACCUGCUGCCGCUGCUGACAGACGAGCCCACCAUGCUGCCCGCGUGGGAUCCGAUGGGCAGCCUCGCGUCCGUCGGCAGACAAGAGCAUCAACAGCAGGACGGAGGGGGGGGGUUGCGCGGGAGAGAAGGGAACGUCGCGGAUCCGCGUUGCCGAAUCUGAGAGAAACGACUCAUGUUUGGCCUCAGUUCUGCGUCAUCGUUCUAGGGAGUUGGACGUGUAGCAACCCUACAGGCAGCGCCAUUACCAUCAAUCGCCGGGGGCGUCGUGGUCACGAUUUUGUUGGUUCAAACGGUUUCUUUUGGUUUGGUGUCUUGUGUCCCGCGUUGUGUGU